AUGACGCCACUGCUCUCCGAUUGGCUGAUGUGUUGUAAAGCCUCCGGCUCGCCAAACAGGGUAUAUAUAAAUGAUGCUUAUAUAGCGCAGUAUCCAGACAAUUGUCCGCUCAAUCCGCUUUACAAUGGAAACACCAACUCAUCCAAAGGCCUCCCGAAAGAGACGGAUAAGCUGUUGUACGGUCCUGAUGGCAUCCGACGGGAGCGAUUGAGGACAGUCCGUAAAGAAAAAAUAUCCAACGAUGAAACAAAGUUCGAGUGUCUUAAAGAGCAGCAAUCGAAGGAAAACGUCAUUAAGAAAAAGCUUGAGGAAGCUAAUGAGCUUUCUACUCGCUUUCGAGCGCUUAAAGCCAUUGGAAAAGGGCAGCAAACCCUAAAAGACGAUGAAGUAGAACAAAACCGUAUCGACCAGAAAGAACUUUCAGAUGAACUAAAAAAACAGUCCGAUGUCGUUGCUAAGAAAUUGGAUGACAAGAACAGAAUAAAGAAGCGUUUGGAUGAAGAGACAAAGAAGGACGAAGUCCUUUGUACCUACCUUUGUGCUUCCAUUGAUGACGACUUCUAUCAACAGCUAGAAUUUAAUGAGGCGCUCACUGACGUGAUUGGGCUGGAGACAAAAACUACCAGUACGAUCACUGAUCUUUGGAAUAUCUUAAAGAGAAGUGGUAAAAUAGAGAUUGCCAAUUACGAUUGCCUAAGUGGGUGGCUGAUAUACUUUAGUGAUAUAUUUGAUGCGAGCCACAUGAUAGAUGAAAUAAACGAAACAGAAGAUGCCAUUUUGGACCCAUACGACACAAAGGAGGAGCGAAGCUUUUCAGAUUAUCAAAAGAGAAAUAAUGUUUUCCUCGGUCGAGGUGGUUUCGGCACAGUUCACUUGUACCAACAUGACAUUACCGAUGAACAGAUCGCGGUCAAGGAAAUAACUUUCCAACCAAAUGAAACAACCAAGGAAGAUGAAGCCUUUUUGGUUGAGGUGAAAAUAAUGCGGGAGCUCAGUCGAUUCAACCAUCCGAAUAUCAUUCGAUAUUUCUUUGAGCAUAUUGAUGUGGAUUCCGGCACGUUUUACAUUGGAAUGGAAUAUAUGACCGGGGGAUCUUUGGCGGGGAAGAUAAAAGGAAGCCCUCUUCCUAAAGAUAACCUAAGAACCUACACGCAUCAGAUACUCUGUGGCGUUAAGUUCCUCCAUGAGAAGCACAUAGCCCAUCGGGAUAUCAAACCUCACAACAUCCUUCUCGGCUCGAACGACCGUAUUAAAUUGAUGGACUUUGGAAUCGCCAAAGAGCUUAGUACCAGUCUCUUGUCCCAUGGAGCAACAACGGCUGGAGCAGGUACAAAUAACUACCUAUCACCGGAAGCAGCGACUGGUUACCGCAUCGACGAAAAAACAAAGGGAUAUGGUCUCAAGACUGAUAUAUGGAGCACUGGAUGUGUUGUGUUGGAAAUGACUACGGGAAAACGUCCAUGGAAUGGGUAUGAUCCUACAACGGUAAUAUAUCCUAUUGGGAUGGGUAAUACCCCUCCUAUUGCUGACGAUGUUCCUAGUGAUGUGAAAGCUUUCCUCGCUCUGACCUUCAUCGUCGACCCAGCCAAACGUCCCACAGCAGAAGACCUUCUCAAAGAUAAGUUGCUCGCUGGUAUCACUUCAGACGACAGUGGAAAAGCUGGCACCUCUUCAGCCGACCGUGGAUAUGCAGUCGCUGGUAUCACUUCAGACCGCAGUGGAAAAGCUGGCACCUCUUCAGCCGACCGUGGAAAUGCAGUUGUUGGCGGUGGAAGUCGUUAUUUACAUCCUGUUUCUUCUUUCGGUGGCUUGGAAACUGCAGUUGUUGGCGGUGGAAGUCAUUAUUUACAUCCUGUUUCUUCUUUCGGUGGCUUGGAAACUGCAGAUCUUUACCAUGGAAGUUAUAAUUCAGAUGAUUCUUCUUCAUCGGAUGACUUGGAAACUGCAGUCGCUGGUAUCACUUCAGCCGCUAGUGGAAAAGCUGGUCUCUCUUCAGCUGACAGUGGAAAAACAGGUACCCCUUCAGCCUACAGUGGAAAUGAAGGUAUCUCUUCAGUCGACAGUGGAAAUGCUGGUUCUUCUUCAGCCAACAGUGGAAAUACUGAUAACUGCUGCCGACAGUGGAAUUGCUGGUCUUGCUUUAGUCGAAUGUGGAAAUGCAGGUAUACCUCGGCAGCCGAUGGUGAAUAUGCCAGUAUCCCUUCUUCUGACAGUGCAUAACGAGACAAACAAAGAAGGUAAUUCGUUCCAUAUUAUUUUUCAAACAUGCUAAUGGAUGGUAUAAGGUUAGGGCACAUAAUUCGGAUACAUCAAACGCUAUAUAAGUCGGCUAGUUUCCCCAAAAGAUGCUCAGCCUCAAAGGUGCGCACAGAUCAGAAAGAGGCGAAUUGUAAUGUAAUAACUGUAGCAUAUAGACGCACUGGGUCUCAUGUUUUAACACAGAUUGUAAACCUAUAAAUGUGCUUGCCUCUAUAUUUUUGCGAUUCACGAAAUGAAAAACUAAGAACUUGUUUUUCGAGGACUUUUUGGCAGAAGAGUAGACGAUUUUAUUUCAGUUUUUCCGAUAAAAAUAGAUUUUUGCAAAUUUUUAGUUUCACUAAUUAAACGAGAUUACAUCCGAAUUCGCAAAAAUAAAGAGCCAGGCCAUAUUGUACAGUUACAGUGUCAUUAUAUGUCAAAGCUGAAUUUGAUUUCUUUUUGUACCCAAGAAACUUAUGUUAUAUUGAAUUUCUAUUCAUACUCCAGUGUAAUACUAUUAUACAUUAUGAGACGUGCUCUGGCAAGUGUAGGCGACUAGAAUGUGGAGAAAAGGGAGAAAGGGCUACGAUUUUAAAGAUAUUUUUCCUCGAAAUUAUUUGGUGUACAAGUCACAAGGACUUCCUUUUAAAUAAAGUUCGUAGUGUAUUUUAUAGUCGAAAACAUCAGAUAGGGUGAUGUGAUGGUUUUCAUGAGUUCUGUGCACAUAAGCAGCCUAUUCCAGCGGUAACUCAAUAUCCCAAAGUGAUAACGACAUGUUAAAUGUUUCCAAGUUUUCCAAGGUUACACUAUGCGUAUUUUCAACUGUGUUUGUUUUAUUGAAGCCAAAGAAUUGUUCCAUUUUACCAACUUUGGCCAAAUGGUUGUUUCCGUGGUGCAGUGGUCAUUGCGAGCUUCUAUGCUUCCAUCCCAGGUCAUGAAUCAACGCCAGAUCGACGUCGAAUUGACGCCGAAAUUUUAGAAUUGACGUCGAUUCCUCGAGAACAUUUCUACCGACUAUUUCUAGGCAUCAAAUCGUCGAUAACGCAGACCGAUUGAAACUAUACGUGUUUUGAUUUUCUGUCGAUCGUAUCUAAGGCAUUUCGAUGUUCUGGCGAGCAACGAAAUGUUGUGAAAUGACCCUCAAAAAUAUUGCCCGACUCUGCCAGAGACAUUUCAAGGUCCGAUUUUAGCAUUGCUUCGCAAAUGAAAAAAUGAGUAUCAUAUCGCUGUAUAUUUCAGCAUUAUUACUAUUGGUCCCUCCGAGUUGUUUAAGUGAUCAAUAUUGACGUCGCGCACUGGUGGUAGUGAUUCACAUGGGUAAAUGUGAAUCAACGAACCCUGCCAUCGCGGGAUUAGAGAACAGAUGAUUUUGUUGCGAACAGUAUGUUAUCCUGGGUCAUGAUAAUGUCGAAUCCUAACAAACAAAAUCAUGUUUAGAUGUUAACCAAGUGUCGGGUGAGGAGUGUGCAUUGACUGCUGCACCACACGAAACAGAUAGUUGAAACCUGCCCUAACCCAUUCAUAUUGUAUCAGCAGUGUUGUAUGUAUUGUACUGCAUCAUAUUUCAUAUACUCUAGAAGCAAGAUGUACUUUAGGCAUACGGUAUUAGCAAUGAGCAAACUGUAUAUCUUAUAUAAGCUUUAUAUUUUAGACAUUAGUUAUAGACAAUGACAGAACUGUAUUUCUUAUAUGUAUGCUCGAGAGGCUUGAUGUUUAAGGCACAAGGUCAUGAAGGUAUGGGCCACGAGAGAACUGUAUUUCUUAUGAUCGUGAAUGGACGUCAAGCUUGAUGUUUUAGGCAUACGGUAUCAACAAUGAUAGAACUGUAUUUCUUAUGAUCGUGAAUGGACGUUAAGCUUGAUAUUUUAGGCAUACGGUAUUAACAAUGAUAGAACUGUACUUCUUAUGAUCGUGAAUGGACGUCAAGCUUGAUAUUUUAGGCAUACGGUAUCAACAAUGAUAGAACUGUAUUUCUUAUGAUCGUGAAUGGACGUUAAGCUUGAUAUUUUAGGCAUACGGUAUCAACAAUGAUAGAACUGUAUUUCUUAUGAUCGUGAAUGGACGUCAAGCUUGAUAUUUUAGGCAUACGGUAUUAACGAUGAUAGAACUGUAUUUCUUAUGAUCAUGAAUAGUCGUGAAGCUUGAUAUUUUAGGCAUACGGUAUUAACAAUGAUAGAACUGUAUUUCUUAUUAUCGUGAAUGGACGUCAAGCUUGAUAUUUUAGGCAUACGGUAUUAACAACGAUAGAACUGUAUAUCUUAUGAUCGUGAAUGGACGUCAAGCUUGAUGUUUUACGCAUACGGUAUUAACAAUGAUAGAACUGUAUUUCUUAUACGCUCGUGAAGCUUGAUAUUUUAGGCCUAAUCAGUGUGUGCAUUAUUUUUGAACUCGACAAACUUGUGACCCAGACAGUAAAACGAGUCAAAGCGAAGAGAAAACAAAUUUUUGGUUGCAGUUUCUUUUUGAAAACUCCAUUUCGUGAGAUUCAGAGUGACGUGAAGACGUCUUUGCUUGAAAAUUGAUACUUUUUGGUGAGAAUAAUUCAUGCUGAGUAAUGCAGUUCCCAUUUUCAAGUGCAUUUGUAUCCAAAAAUUCACCUGGUAAUCGACAUGCAAUGUUUUACUGGCUGCGUCACAUAUUCUGAUGCGUAUUGUAUCAUAGAAACGUAAUGUUUUGCUUGCAUUGUGUGAAUUGUAUUUCUAUUUGUACUCUAGAGAAACUUAUUAUUAUCUUGAUGCAUAAGGGCCGUUGUAUGAAUGGUAUUCCAUUUCUGUGCUCUCGAAGCUUGCACCUAAACAUUGUUCGGCGCGGCUUAUUCUAGCGGAGAGCAAAGUUUUACACAAAUAAGAUCACUUGUAAAACGUUCCUCUGAAGUCAACAGUAUAGUGAGUUUUUGCUAUCUCGUUCCAUGAACCGAUCAACCGAGAUUGAGCGACUGAUGCGAAUAACUUCAUCAAUUUCUGAGCUGGUUUUCUCCAUCUCAAAACCGGAUUUUGUCCACCAGGCCUUGGUACCCAGUUGCCGAACCGUGAUUCAGAAUAACAUCCAGAAAUUCGUGCGGUAUACAUUCUUUUACACGAUAAACUGGCGAGAAAUAACACAAAGGUUGGAUCUUGUAACCGGAUUUUGUCAACCAGGCCUUGGUACCCAGUUGCCGAACCGUGAUUCAGAAUAACAUCCAGAAAUUCGUGCGGUAUACAUUCUUUUACACGAUAAACUGGCGAGAAGCAACACAAAGGUUGGAUCUUGUAACCGGAUUUUGUCCACCAGGCCUUGGUACCCGGUUACCGAACCGUGAUUCAGAAUAACAUCCAGAAAGGUUGGUUUGUAAACCAAGAGGGCUGAUGAUAAAACAGGCCGAAAUCUUGGUUGUGAAUGCCUGCAUGCAUUUCUAUACGGGGAAUACGAAACCGUUUUUGAUAUUUCUGAUAAUGAGAACGGGAACGAGGACCGUUUUCGGUGUAACGGGAUAGCGAAACCUCACUCAUAAGACUAUUCAGAUGUCGGUAACAUAUCCUUCUUUCCUCUAGAAACUUUUUAUAAGAAUUUAUACGGUUUGAUUUUAAAAUCUUCUUGUGUUUAGAGGAACGUUUCACAAAAGGAACACUUUAAUGAAAUGUUGAUCUGAACCAGAAGCAAAAGUCCGCAAACCAUAAGACUAUUGGUGGAAAAUGGAAUUCUACAAUGAGUACAAUUCAAUGCAUAUGGGCCAUUGUGUUAAUUAUAUUCUAGAAUCUUAGGAUUUUUAUGCUUGAACUAUGUGGACAGUAUGUCUUUUUGUACUCUAGAACAUGUAACUAAUACAUGACGCAGGACAGCAUAACAACACAUUGACCAGGAAAGGCGAUUUUGAGUUAAAAGUUCUUUUCAUAAAUCUCCGUUGUAGUUCACGACCAAGAUGGUAGUGCAAAGAUCUCACCAGCUUAACAUUUGACAAUUUGAUGGGAAACGAAUUGAUGCUUAUCAGUUACGUACAUAUAUUUCCAAUUGCAUCCUGCUAAACAAGAUACUUGUGACAUUAUGUUAAUUUUGCUGUAUACUGCGUCACGUAUUUUGAUACAUAUUGGGCCACUGUGUUAAUUGUAUACUCUUUAGAAGCGUGUAAUAUUGUUAUACAAAUAGGGAUUGUGAGAAUGAUUUCUCGUGCUCUAGAGAGAAGCAUGUACUUUUUGAUGUUUAAGGCAUACAGAAUGGACAAUGGGAAAUAUGUAUUUCUUAUACAUGCUUGUGAAGCUUGAUAUUUUAGGCAUACAUAAUGGACAAUGGGAGAGAUGUAUUUCUUAUGUAUGCUUGUGAAGCUUCAUAUGUUAGGCAUACGGAAUGGACAAUGGGAGAGAUGUUUUUCUUAUAUACGCUUGUGAAGCUUGAUAUUUAGGCUCAAUCAGUGCGUGCUUUAUUUUUGAACUCGACAAACUUGUGACCCAGACAGUAAAACGAGUCAAAGUGAACAGAAAACAAGUUGGGUUGCAGUUUAUUUUUGAAAACUCCAUUUCGUGAGAUUCAGUGUCACGUGAAGACGUCUUUGUUUGAAAAUUGAUAAUUUUAUGGGAGAAUAAUUCAUGCUGAGUAAUGCAGUUCCCAUUUUCAAGUGCAUUUGUAUCCAAAAAUUCACCUGGUAAUCGACAUGCAAUGUUUUACUGGCUGCGUCACAUAUUCUGAUGCGUAUUGUAUCAUAGAAACGUAAUGUUUUGCUUGCAUUGUGUGAAUUGUAUUUCUAUUUGUACUCUAGAGAAACUUAUUAUUAUCUUGAUGCAUUAGGGCCGUUGUAUGAAUGGUAUUCCAUUUCUAUGCUCUCGAAGCUUGCACCUAUACAUUGUUCGGCGCGGCUUAUUCUAGCGGAGAGCAAAGUUUUACACAGAUAAGAUCACUUGUAAAACGUUCCUCUGAAGUCAACAGUAAUAGUGAGUUUUUGCUAUCUCGUUCCAUGAACCGAUCAACCGAGAUUGAUCGACUGAUGCGAAUAACUUCAUCAAUUUCUGAGCUGGUUUUCUCGAUCUCAAAACCGGAUUUCGUCCACCAGGCCUUGGUACCCAGUUGCCGAACCGUGAUUAAGAAUAACAUCCAGAAAGUUUGGUUUGUAAACCAAGAGGGCUGAUGAUAAAACAGGCCGAAAUCUUGGUUGUGAAUGCAUGCAUGCAUUUUUAUACGGGGAAUAGGAAAUCUUUUUUGAUAUUUCCGAUAAUGAGAACGGGAACGAGGACCGUUUUCAGUGUAACGGGAUAGCGAAACCUCACUCAUAAGACUAUUCAGAUGUCGGUAUCCUUCUUUCCUCUAGAAACUUUUUAUAUAAGUGUUUAUACGGUUUGAUUUUAAAAUCCCCUUGUGUUUAGAGGAACGUUUCACAAAAGGAACACUUUAAUGAAAUGUUGCUCUGAACCAGAAGCAAAAGUCCGCAAACCAUAAGACUAUUGGUGGAAAAUGGAAUUCUACGAUGAGUACAAUUCAAUGCAUAUGGGCCAGUGUGUUAAUUAUAUUCUAGAAUCUUAGGAUUUUUAUGCUUGAACUAUGUGGACAGUAUGUCUUUUUGUACUCUAGAACAUGUAACUAAUACAUGACGCAGGACAGCAUAACAACCCAUUGACCAGGAAAGGCGAUUUUGAGUUAAAAGUUAUUUUCAUAAAUCUCCGUUGUAGUUCACAGCAAGAUGGUAGUGCAAAGAUCUCACCAACAUUUGACAAUUUGAUGGGAAAAGAAUUGAUGCUAAUCAGUUACGUACUUGUAUUUCCAAUUGCAUCCUCUAAACAAGAUACUUGUGACAUUAUGUUAAUUUUGCUGUAUACUGCGUCACGUAUUUUGAUACAUAUUGGGCCAAUGUGUGAAUUGUAUACUCUUUAGAAGCGUGUAAUAUUGUUAUACAAAUAGGGAUUGUGAGAAUGAUUUCUCGUGCUCUAGAGAGAAGCAUGUACUUUUUUAUGUUUAAGGCAUACAGAAUGGACAAUGGGAAAGAUGUAUUUCUUAUACAUGCUUGUGAAGCUUGAUAUGUUAGGCAUACAUAAUGGACAAUGGGAGAGAUGUAUUUCUUAUAUAUGCUUGUGAAGCUUGAUAUGUUAGGCAUACGGAAUGGACAAUGGGAGAGAUGUUUUUCUUAUAUACGCUUGUGAAGCUUGAUAUUUAGGCUCAAUCAGUGCGUGCUUUAUUUUUGAACUCGACAAACUUGUGACCCAGACAGUAAAACGAGUCAAAGUGAACAGAAAACAAGUUGGGUUGCAGUUUAUUUUUGAAAACUCCAUUUCGUGAGAUUCAGUGUCACGUAAAGACGUCUUUGUUUGAAAAUUGAUAAUUUUAUGGGAGAAUAAUUCAUGCUGAGUAAUGCAGUUCCCAUUUUCAAGUGCAUUUGUAUCCAAAAAUUCACCUGGUAAUCGACAUGCAAUGUUUUACUGGCUGCGUCACAUAUUCUGAUGCGUAUUGUAUCAUAGAAACGUAAUGUUUUGCUUGCAUUGUGUGAAUUGUAUUUCUAUUUGUACUCUAGAGAAACUUAUUAUUAUCUUGAUGCAUAAGGGCCGUUGUAUGAAUGGUAUUCCAUUUCUGUGCUCUCGAAGCUUGCACCUAUACAUUGUUCGGCGCGGCUUAUUCUAGCGGAGAGCAAAGUUUUACACAGAUAAGAUCACUUGUAAAACGUUCCUCUGAAGUCAACAGUAAUACUAAUAGUGAGUUUUUGCUGUCCUGUUCCAAGAACCGAUCAACCGAGAUUGAUCGACUGAUGCGAAUGACUUCAUCUAUUUCUGAGCU